GCAUGUGCCAGGCUGUGAGCGCACCGGUAUCCGCCCUUCCCCCACCUCUAGCCGCGAGUGGGUGACAGGGCCCCGGGUUUCCGCUUGUCUUCGCCGCCUCACGCCGUGACCCGGUUUGGCACUGAGCCACGAGUGGACACUGUGCCCCUCUAGGUCUGCCUUCAUAUCUGUGCCUUUACCCAAAAGUUGCAGAAAAUGAACAAACCCCAGGGAUCAGUCUCGUUCACGGAUGUGACUGUGGACUUCACCCAGGAGGAGUGGGAGCAACUGGACCCGUCUCAGAGGAUCCUGUACAUGGAUGUGAUGCUGGAGAACUAUAGCAACUUACUGUCAGUGGAGGUGUGGAAGGCCGAUGGCCAGGUGGAGAGGGAGCACAGUGACCCAGAGGAGCAGGCAAGGCCAUUUAUAAUCUUUAAGAACCAAACCCCAAUUGAGGAAAGAAGUGACCUCUUUGAAAAAUCAUUCAAUCUGAGCACAGACUUUGUUUCUUUAAGACAAGUACCGUAUAAAUAUGACUUAUAUGAAAAAACUUUGAAAUAUAGUUCAGACUUACUUAACGGUAAUAGCUAUAUAAGGAAGCAAGCUGACGAGUAUAAUGGAUUUGGAAAAGCACUUAUCUAUGUAAAGCAAGAGAAAACCCAUACUGGAAUGGAAUACACUGACUAUAACAAAAGUGGAAAAGCCUUUGGCCAUAAAGAAGCCAUAUUUAAACAUCAGAAAAUUAGAAAUUUGAUACAACCUUUCAUUUGUAAUUACUGUGACAAGGCUUUCUCCUUUAAGUCACUCCUCAUUAGUCAUAAGAGAAUACAUACUGGAGAAAAACCUUAUGAAUGUAAUGUGUGUAAGAAAACCUUCUCCCAUAAGGCAAACCUCAUUAAGCAUCAGAGAAUUCAUACCGGGGAGAAACCCUUUGAAUGUCUUGAAUGUGGAAAAGCUUUCACCCACCAGUCAAACCUCAUUGUGCACCAGAGAGCACAUAUGGAGAAGAAGCCAUAUGAAUGCAGCGAAUGUGGCAAGACAUUUGCUCAGAAGUUUGAACUUACUACACACCAGAGAAUUCAUACAGGGGAGCGACCCUAUGAGUGUAAUGAAUGUGCAAAAACCUUCUUCAAGAAAUCAAACCUCAUUAUACAUCAGAAAAUUCACACGGGGGAGAAACGCUACGAGUGCAGCGAAUGUGGGAAAUCCUUUAUCCAGAACUCACAACUCAUUAUACAUAUGAGAACUCACACAGGGGAGAAACCCUAUGAGUGUACGGAAUGCGGCAAAACAUUCAGCCAGCGGUCGACUCUUAGGUUACACUUGCGAAUCCAUACAGGAGAGAAACCAUAUGAGUGUUCUCAGUGUGGGAAGGCCUUCAGCAGGAAGUCCCGACUCAGUGUCCAUCUAAGGGUUCAUCUAGGGGACAAACCCUGAGACUGCACCAGGUCGAGCUGUGCAAAAUCCUUCUACCAGAACCCUUCCAGUGGAUGAGAAACCUGCGGAGGUACUGAAGGAGCAUGGGAAUACCUGCCGAGAUACCAUCUCUCAACUCAGAAAUGUAAAAAUAGGGUCCCCUAAGAACAACAAUAUACUGAAAGGUAGAUAUGAUACCCAGUGAAAGAAUACAUAUCAGAAUAUAUCCAAUUGUAAAUAGACAUACUUAACUAUAUUACAAUGAGCUUUUUAAAAUCUUGAAUGAAUUAUUUGAGAAUGAAAUAAUCUAGGAAGCAGCACAAAGGAUCUACAGACAGUACCUAGGAAUUUGGUGGUUGUGUGUGAUUAUGCCACAGAAAUAUAUUUUAGAUCUGCACAUGCAAAUUUAACAGUCACUGGAAGUUUGAAAUUCUUGUCCUCUGUAAUAAUUAGGACACAUCAAACAGGAUUUUUCAUAUUAAAUAUCACAUGUGCUUUUCUAGUAUCUUUCCAGUUCAGUAUGCAUUCCAAAUGAAAUACAUCUUAAAGUAGCAGGUAACAUGCUUUCUCCUACGCUUGCUGGCACAUACACAUUGGUAUGGUCGUUGUUAAUGAGCUGCCUCUUAAUGAAUGGAAGACAUGUUGAAGUUUUAACUUGCUCUGGGCUUGAUUGUCUAGGAGCAUUACUUACAUAAAUAUGCAAAUAUGAGAUAAUUAAGAGGAAGUUUGGAGAGUAAAAGAAGGCAGCUGUGGACUGUAUUACUCAGUAUGCACCACAGAUAGAAAUGGGCUACAGAGAAUCCACAUCCAUCAUGCUAGUGGGGUGUUAAUAUACAAAUGCAUGUCAAUUACCAAAAUGUUGAAUAACCCAGAAACCACCUGUGUUUUUGUGUUUUGUUUCUGUUAAUAUUUUAUGAAUUGUCUUGUAAAAAAUGAUAGGAUGUGUAUGUAGUGCACAAAUAUGUUAGUUACCUUUCAGAAACUUUAAAGGGAAAAUAAUUUAUUUUAAGAAGCUGUCACAUGUAUGUUACUUUAUGAAGUUUCCAUGUGCAUAAUACACUUCACAAAUAAAUUUUUGCAGUAUUCUGUU